AUGUCCUUUAGGAAUUUAGACUCCACAAAAGACAAAAUUCAGUACGAUAAAAUACAGAAUGCGAUGCGAAAGAAAAUCAAAGUCUGUGAACUCUCCAAUUUGUACUCCAAAAUUGAAUUGGGAACAUUCAACACUUCGAAUAAUCCAGAGAUAUUCGUCAAAGAAAAACGGUACCACCCAGCUCGAUACCCCAACUGGGAAUAUACAAACACUUCAACAGUAACAGACAGAAUUUACAUCUUAAAGAAAGAAGCUGCCACUGACACACCAGUGUCUCCUGAUGUCUCCGGUUUCUAUAUUCUUCAAAAAGAAGUGAUUUGUGGUAACCGAAGUGUAUACAAAAGUGAGAAGAGUUACUCCGGGAAGAGAUAUUACCUCUACAAGAACGACUCAAACUACUGGAGUUUAUCUUCUCGUUUUGACUGUGGUGUCCCGACACAAAGUGACGGGGCGUAUUGGGCAAUGAAGAGAACGAACAUGGCCGGAUCACUUAACCCGGUUGAUUCAUCUGGAGCUAAAGGGAAGUACUCGUUACAAGAGAGUAAUGCUAUCUUUAGAGGAAAUGUGUGGAUAGCAUACGUCCCUGAGCAAAAUGGAACGACUUUUUAUUACUCUGACGAUCAUUUGGAUCAAUACGAAAGUUAUGACAGUGUCUGGAUACGAGCAAAAUGGCUCAUCUUUUCACAAGAACAGAGCGCGAAAGGGAAAAUCAAGAAGAGCGACAAAUCAAUCACUUUAGAUAGACCACUGGGCGGGGGCGAUUAUUAUGGCAUGAAAAGUGGACAGCCGUUUUAUAUUUAUAAUUUGAUAGAAGAACUUGACGAAGAAGGAGAAUACUAUAUAGACUACGAUGAAAAGAAGUUAUAUAUUAUUAUGCCAGACAACGCAGAUGAUAUCUGGAUAUCACAGAGCUUGAGCCCGAUCUUUAGAAUUCAAUUUAUAAAUGGUGUUAGUCUUGAGAACUUAAUAUUUGAAUAUUCGAUUGAGGACUUUGUGGACUUCUGGGCAGUCAAUCAUUGUUCCGUCUUAAAUUGCACUUUUAGACACGGCGGAAAGAGGGGAGUAUAUAUAUAUGGAACUGUCAAUAAUAACAUAACGAGAAAUGUUAUAUAUGACACAGGGGCACAAUCUGCAACACUGAAAUGUGGAAACAUCUCUCAAUUAGUACGAGGAGAGUGUCACUUAGAUCACAAUUAUGCAAACACUUCUUCUCAAUUACAAUUCACUUUUGUUCCGGCAUUUUCGAUCGAAGGCUGUGGAAAUUACAUGAAACACAAUUUAGUGGAAAAUGUCCCACAUGUUGGAUAUGUCUAUGGCGGCCCAGAACUUGAAAUUUCAUACAAUGAAGCUAUUAAUAUCUGCAAUAGUGCUUCAGACUGUGGCGCGUUAUACACUGGCGCACAUUUUGAGUAUCGAGGAGGUUCUAUUAAAUACAAUUUCUUCCAUGACUCUAAAGGCUUUGGGCAACCUGGUGGGGGGUCUUAUGUGAUUGGUAUUUACAUCGACGAUAAUAUGAGUGGCCAAGAGAUCUUUGGAAAUGUUGUCGCCAAUUUUGUUGGGAAUGGCAUUCACCACGGCGGAGGAAGAGAAAACAAUAUUUAUAAUAACAUAUUUUAUCACUGCACAUAUGGGUAUCACGGGGAUGCUCGUGGGCCUUAUAGAUAUCACUAUGAAGCGGGUAUGCCAUAUAAUUUACUUGAAAAUAUCGAGAAAAAUGGAGUUGAUAGAUAUAACCCGCCUUGGAGUACCAAAUACCCCUCAUUAAGCAGACUCCCUAAAACUAAUGAAGAGUUGAAGAAGCCGGAAAAUCAACACUGGAUUAUGCCAGAAGAGUGUGAUAUUUGGUGUAAUGUGAUGUAUGCAUCAACUAAACAGGACGCUGGAUAUCAAGAUGGAGUUGAAAAUUAUAUCAGAAGAUGGGAAUGGAACACUAAUUCGAGCCAAGACCCAAUGUUCUUUGACGCAUUUAAUUUGGACUUCAGAAUGAGAGAAAAUGGGGAAAUUUAUAAGUAUAAUUGUUGGAAGGAAAUACCUUAUGAAAAUAUCGGGAUUAACAAAGAAGAUGGAUGCAAUGAAGUUAUAAAGCAUCUAAUUAUUAUUGUCGUGGUACUCGUUUUAAGCUUCUGA